AUGCCGAUUCAAGGAGGAGAAUUGAAUUACAACAAAAACGACAAGAAGCCAUCUGAUGAUCCCAAGAGCCUAGCUGACAAGGCCAAGGAAGCCGUUGAAAACAAAGCCAAGUCCACCACUGGCACUACUGAUGCUACUAACAAAUCAACUACUGAUGCGACCAAAUCAACCACUACUGCUGGUGAUGCUACUAAAUCAACCACUGCUGCUAGUGAUGCUACUAAGUCUACCAUUGGCGAUGCCGCUAAAUCAACUACUACUGCUGCUGGUGAUGCUGCUAAGUCUACUAUUGGCGAUGCGGCUAAAUCCAGUGCCACUGGCACGGCUAAGUCGGCUGUUACUGAUGCGGCUAAAAGUGCUACAACCACCGGCGCCGGUGCUAAUGCUAGUGCCAAUGCGGCCAAAGCUGGUCCCAAGCCUGCCACUGGUGCUACCGGUGCUGCUGGCACUACUGCAUCUGAUGCUAAGUCAGCAGCCACUAAAGGCCCUGCGGAUAGCAAACCCACUACACAGCCGGGUGCCCCUAACAAGGAGACCGGUGCUGCCCCGGGCGCUGCCCCUAAACCAGGGAAUCUUCCCAACCCCCCUAAGCCCCAGGAGGAUAAGCCCCUGCCGCCCAAAACUACAGCUAACCCACCGGCUGGAAAUGUCCCAUCUAGCAAAAUAACCAACAAUAGUGAUGAGUCCAAGCCUACCAGGCCGCCCAUCACUUCAGCGGCUCCUAAGCCAACUCAAGAGCCCGUUAACAAGCCACAAGGGCCAUCAGCUGGUCAAGCUACAUCCGGCGCAUCAAAUGCUGCCGCUGAAGAAAGUGAGCCUAAUAUUAUCGUUCGGUUCUUCCGCUCAAUCAAAAACGCCAUCACGCAGUUCUGCUGCCAAACAGAAGAUUCGGUUAGACACAUCGCUUAA